CAUAUUUGAUCAAAAUCGCAGUUAGACACCUAAUAAUGUUCCUUUGUAAGACAGAAAAUUUUUAAUUUCAACUUCAAAAUUUCUGUUAUUUCAAGGGCAGCACUGUCCAGUUGGGCAUUUCGCCCUGUUGUGUGGCAAAAAUGACGGAAGAGGGCACUUUUCACCACACAUUUGCCAACAAGAAAAAGCCGAUUAGGGCGCGCACCGUGCUCGGCCGGCCGGCAGCCGCAGCACCGACUUGAUUCCAUUAGUCGGCGAAUGCUGCUCUUUUAGCCGGUUCGCGGGUUCGCAAGGUGUGCUUCGGAAAAUGCGAGCGAGCAACUGAUCGUCCAAAUUGAUGAGCAUGUGAGGAGAGACGAAAAAGACUUACACUGGCAAUCAGUCAUGCACCAACGCAUUCUGCUGCUUAUCCUCUUGCUGCUCGCCAUGCUCAUUUACACACAAACGCAGGAGUGCGAGCCGGCGGCGUGCGAGGAGGAGGCCGCGGCUGCGGCGGCGACGGCGGCGCCGCACCCGCGGCGCCGAGCCUCUGCGAAACGGGCGCGGCAAAGCAGCACUGCGAGGCGAUACCAGCACCGCGUGGCGGCGUGUCCGGGCGACUGCGGCGGCGCCGCCGACGGCGCCGUCAACGCGACGGAGCGGCGCCUGGCGCUGCUGCUGCUGGGCAACGUGCUGAACACGGCGCAGCGCGACAAGAUGCGCAAGUGCUCGGUGGGGCGGCGCCUCGAAGGUGCCGAAGCCGUCGAACGACUCGGCGCCGCCCUCGAGACGGAGACGCUGGCGGCGCCGACGCUGUACGUGGUGCACGUGAACGCGCACCAGUGGCUGCAGGCCGACCCUGACCGCGUCGCCGAGGCCGUCAUCAGCGUCGUCGAUAAGAUGGCCGAUCUGCUCGGCACCGUCAGCAUCUACGGCAGCGACAAGGGCGAGACGCCGAGGACCGGCGCCACCGCCCAGGCCAUCCGCACCAACGUCAUGGAGUACUGCAGGGUCAAGCACCGCCGCUGCACUCCUCUCGAAGACCUCCAGUGGCCGCUGAGUUUGCUGCACAGCCUGCAGCUGAACCCGAGCCUGCUGGACGAGUACAACACGCGGUUCGUGGACCUGAAGGCGAUGGAGACGGUGAGCACGGCGGUGUUCGCGCCGCCGACGCCGCCGCCGCCGCGGCCGCUCCCUCUGCACAAGCAACUCGACAAGAUGAUUCACCUGCUGUGCGAACGCGAGCGCGGCCGCAACAGGUUCAUCGAAAUGCAGGACCUGCAGGUCAAGCGGCCGCAGGAGCCCGUUGCCAGUCAUGGCGUGCCUGGCAUGGCGCCCGAGACGAGUCUGUCGCUCGGCGACAUUCUGCCUGUCAACCCCAAGCACUACGACAAAAAUCGCGCACCAAAAGUGGCCGGCCAGCCGACCAUCGUCUACUUCCACGUCACGGUUCUGUCACUCGACUCAAUUAACGAAGAAUCCAUGACGUACGUGGCGGACAUUUUCCUGGCACAAAGUUGGCGCGACCCGCGUUUGCGGCUGCCAGAGAACAUGAAGGAGGAGUACCGGAUCCUGGACGUCGAGUGGCUGCACGACAUCUGGAGGCCCGACUGCUUCUUCAAGAACGCCAAGAAGGUCACCUUCCACGAGAUGAGCAUCCCCAACCACUAUCUCUGGCUCUACCACGACAAGACCCUGCUCUACAUGUCAAAAUUAACGCUGGUGUUGUCUUGCGCCAUGAAGUUCGAGUCGUACCCGCACGACACUCAACUCUGCUCGAUGAUGAUCGAAAGUCUGUCACACACGACGCACGAUCUGAUGUUCAUCUGGAACAUGACGGACCCGUUGGUGGUGAGCGACCAGAUCGAACUGCCGCAGCUGGACAUCGACAAGAACUACACGGCCGACUGCACCAUCGAGUACUCGACGGGCAACUUCACCUGUCUCGCCGUCAUGUUCAACCUGAAGCGCCGCCUCGGCUACCACCUCUUCCACACCUACAUCCCCUCGGCGCUCAUCGUCGUCAUGUCCUGGAUUUCCUUCUGGAUCAAGCCGGAGGCCAUUCCUGCCAGGGUCACCCUCGGCGUCACCUCGCUUCUUACUUUAGCGACGCAGAACACGCAGUCACAACAAUCGCUGCCUCCGGUUUCCUACGUCAAAGCCAUAGACAUAUGGAUGUCCUCCUGUUCCGUCUUCGUUUUCCUUUCGCUCAUGGAGUUUGCCGUGGUCAACAACUACAUGGGUCCAGUUGCCACAAAAGCCAUGAAGGGGUACUCGGACGACGACAUCAGGUCGGCGGUUGAUGAAUUCAAGGAGUUGGAGCCGCGGUGGAACUCGGCUUCAGUGCGAAAUCGAGCGGGCAGUCCUGUGGCUUCGUCGAGGGUGACGGCGACGGUGCCGCAGUACGACACCUUCUGCCAAGGCAAGGAAACGGCCGUGUACAUCGACAAGUUCUCGCGCUUCUUCUUCCCCUUCUCCUUCUUCGUCCUCAACAUCAUCUACUGGACCACUUUUCUAUCAUUCCAACAAAACACUACAUGAGAAGAGUUUGUUCAAGUUUCCUAACUCAGGAAUGAAGCUGUGAAAUAGCCUUGGGGAAUGUUUUGUAUAAAAAAGAGCUGAAAUUCUCUCAACAUUGUGGCAUUUUUUCUGCCCGCGAUUUUGUGUGUAAAUAUUUAAAAAUUUAUAUUGAAUGAGGUGUCUGAAUUCGUAGUGCCUGGAAAUUAUUAGAUUCACGUUGUUAAAAUAAUCCGUAAGUCUAUGU